UGGAGAAGUAUAUAAAAAGUUUAUUCGUUGUUACAUUAAAUUUUAUGAAUGCCAGUAACGAACGAAUAGCGCUUCAGGCGAUUGAAUUUUGGUGUACUAUAUGCGAUCAGGAGUACGACCUUCGCUUAGAGGCUGAAGAAGCCCGCCAAGACGGCACAUCUCCUCAACAUGUCAGUAAAUUUUAUGCGCUUGGCGCUCUCCCAUAUUUGCUUGGCGUGCUUCUUGUUCUUCUAACUUAUCAAAACGAAGAUCCUAACGAGUACACUCGGGCAAAAGGGGCCGUCUGUUGCCUUUGUUUAUUGGCUAAAACGGUGGAAGACGCCAUUUUGGAGCCCGUUUUCCCGUUUAUUAAAGAGCAUAUCAACAGUGAUAAUUGGCGGUACCGCGAGGCAGCCAUCGUGGCGUUCGGCUCGAUUCUUACUGGCCCCAGCCUUCAAAAGUUGCUCGGCAUAUGCGAACAAGGUUUGCCUCUGCUUAUGCAACACUUGCAAGAUAAGCACGCGAUGGUUAAAGAUUCAGCCGCGUGGGCGGUCGGGCGAGUUUGCGAAGUGGCCGCUGAUGUUGUGCUCAAGUCCGACUAUCUUCAUUUUUAUAUGGACAAUUUUUUCAAGUCGUUGGAGCAGGAGCCCAACGUGGCUGCUCAUAUUUGUUGGGGCUUAAAGUCAUUGGUCGCCCGUGCUUAUGAAAAUGCCCAAUCGGAUAAAGAUUCUGCCGUCAAAACAUAUGCAUUGAGUUCUUAUUAUAGAGUAUUUGUAGAAAAACUUUUAAGUAUCACUGCAAGUCAUGACCCUUCAGUAAAAAACUUGCGGUGCUCGGCUUACGACGCGCUGAUGGCAUUUUGCUCCAAAACUCCCGCUGAUUGCUACGAAGUGCUGCGAAUUACUACGCAAGAAAUUAUUAAUCGGCUGAAUUCUUCUCUCAAUUGGCAACGAGAAGCGCACGAUGUUCAGACCAAACUGCACGUGUCGCAGACCCAAUCUUUGAUCUGUGCAACUCUCUCGGAUAUCAUAUUGGCCCUCCACCACAGGGACGCUCUUCUACUCUCGACGAGCACUGUGGACCUCGUGGGCCUGCUUUUAACCGUGUAUGACGUUUCCCGCGCCACCAACCAAUCAGAUGUUCAGGAAGACGCAUUGCAAGCCAUCACUUCCCUUAUCCAGAAUCUGGAAGACGAUUUCGCUCCGUUUCUACCAAAACUGAUUCCUUAUAUUUUCCAGGCUUUGGAAAACCACUCAGAAGAUCCGGCCGUCUGCACCCAGUUUUGUUCCAUCAUAAGCGACCUUUCCAGCGUUGCUUCCGCCGCUUUUGCCCAGUUUUACCAGCCUAUCAUGAAGGCUCUGUUAACUAUAACCGAGCAGAGUCCUCAUUCUACGCUUGUCCCCGCUUUGCUGACUUGUUUUGCAGAUAUUGCCACUGUGGCAGGAGUAGACUUUCAUGCUUAUGCUCCGUCCGUGUUGGGUUUUGUAGUUAGAGCAAUGCAUUAUAAGAAAGAAAUUAGCAGCCUUGAAGAAAUGGAAUACACCAAUAACCUUCGUGAGUCCUGCUUGGAAGCAAUUGGUGCAAUAAUCCUAGCGCUUCGCGGAGAAAGCACAGCCGCCUGUCACGCGGCCACACGUGUUCUUGGGCCUUUUGUGGAGGCGAUCGUGGCAUACGUACAUUCCGUGUCGCUUGACCGCUUUGGCAAAGAUGUUCUUGAGCGCCACGCUGUGAGCAUUAUCGGAGAUUUGUGUACCAUAUUUAAAGGCGAUAUGAAGCCCGUUCUUGAGCCUAAUCGGCUUUGGAUUCAGUCAUUAAUCCAGAAAUGCCAGCGUUCUGAAAAUGCGCAAACCAAAAAAGCGUCUUCGUUGGCGGCAAAGUCUAUUCACAAAUGGAUUUCUAUAUAAGUUGGACUAAAAUAAUUCUGGUUGGAAGUUUUUGUGAGAUGCGUGAAUUCCUUUUCAAGAAGUUUGCUAUCGCUCCUCUAACACUUUUUGAGUAGUUCCGUG